AUGGUUGACGCAAGUAAAGUCACUGCAGCAUUAGUAGUAAUUAGUCACUACAAAAGGAAGCAACAUAAGAAACGGAAACAUCGAUGGUGGAUUAAGGAAAUAUAUCGUCAGCGAAAUGUUCAUGCAAAACAGUUGUUGUCAGAUAUGACCUUUGAAGGCGUAGAAGAAACUAUUAAAAAUUUUACCAGAAUGAACUCUGAAACCUUUGAAGAUCUAUGUAUCAAGCUUGAACCAAUAAUUGGAAAAAAGAUACAUCGUGUCGCAAAGCAAUCACAACAAAAGAACGACUGGCCAUUGCCCUGA